AUGCGUCCCUUUCAAAUGUCCCGCCGUCUGGCUCAUGUGCUCACCAGUAGUCAUCCUCAUCCAUCCACGUCUUCAAUUCCAACCACGGAUUCUCACCAUUUGACUCAUCCAUCUGUUCAUCGUCAACACACAAAUUCAUAUAUCCAUGGAACUUCAAAUAUUCCAUUGAGAAACGAAACACUCGGACAAACGCUUCGUAAUACGACUGAAAGAGUUCCAGACAAGGAAUUCUGUGCUUUUUUGAAGUAUCCAUUGAGAAAGACUUAUGAGGAGUUUUAUCAUGAUGUCCGUCAAAUGGCCGCCUCCCUGUACACACUGGGUCUUGAGAAGGGAGAUCGUGUUGGAGUAUGGGGACCGAACUACUAUGAAUGGGUGGUUCUACAGUAUGCCUGUGCAUUUGCCGGAGUGAUUCAAGUCAACGUAAAUCCACAUUAUCUUCAUGAAGAACUUCGUUUCGUCAUGAGAAAAACUGGAAUGAAGGUUUUGUUCGCACCAAAGAGACAUAAGCACAGCAAUUAUGUGCACACUUUGAUUGAGGCAAUGCCAGAAAUGCGUCGUGGAAAGCCAGGAGUGGGUCAUAUCAAGUCUCAUGAUAUCCCAGAACUCCGUCAUAUUGUCUUGUUUGGAGAUGAUGUUCCAGUACAUGGUGCAUGGGUUUAUUCGGACCUAAUGAAUGCUGCUGGAACUGAAGAAAGAGCCAAAUUGGAGGAAAUGGACCGAAAGUUGAGACCAGAUGAGCCAGUGAACAUGCAAUUCACUUCUGGAACAACUGGACAUCCAAAAGGAGCCACUUUGACUCAUUUUGGAUUGAAUAAUAAUGCCUAUUUUGCUGGAAUCCGUCUUGGUUGGGACCGUGACGACCACCGUAUCUGUAUUCCAAAUCCCCUAUAUCAUUGUUUCGGUUGCGCAGUUGGUGUGAUAAAUGCAGUCAAUCACGGACAAACUGUCAUUUUCCCCUCGAAGUCCUACCAUGUCCCAGAUAUUUUCGAAGCGAUUCAAAAUGAGAAAUGCACUACAAUGUUUGGAACACCAACAAUGUUUAUCGAUGUUUUGAAGAGUCCCCUUAUCAAAAAAUACGAUAUUUCAUCGCUCCGUGGUGGAGUCAUUGGAGGGGCUCCGUGUCCGUUGGCGCUUUGUGAGAAAAUGGUCAAGGAAAUGAGGAUGACUGACUUUGCUGUCAUUUAUGGAUCUACUGAAACAAGUCCCCUGGUGACAAUGUCGGAACUGCACGUCGACCCAUUCGAACGUAUCAAAUCAGUUGGAUCCGUGAUGCCACAUCAAGAAAUUGCCAUAGUCGAUGAGUACGGUGUUCCAGUUCCAACAGGUGCAAAAGGAGAAUUAUGGUCCCGCGGAUACUCGACAAUGUUGGGAUACUGGGCGGAUCAGGAUAAGACGAAUCUGGCGAUCACUAGAGACAGAUGGUACAAAUCAGGAGAUACAGCUGUGAUGAACGAGGAUGGGACUAUCAAUAUUGUCGGAAGAACUAGGGAUAUGAUUGUGAAAGGAGGAGAGAAUGUGUAUCCAACUGAAGUUGAGCAGUUCCUACAUAAAUUGGAUUAUGUCGCUGAUGCUCAUGUCGUCGGUGUUCCAGAUGACCGUUACGGUGAGAAUAUCUGCGCAUGGGUACGUCUUCGUGUGGAGGAUGAAGGAAAAAUUACGCCGGAGAAAAUUAUCCAAGACUGCAAACAUGGAAUGGCUCACUACAAGGUCCCCAAAUACGUCCUAAUCAAGAAAGAAUCCGAAUUUCCACUAACAAUUUCUGGAAAAGUCAAAAAAUUCGAAAUCCAGAAAAUCUCCAAAGAGCUAUUGGGAUUGGGAACUGUCAAGUCGCAUUUCACAGAAGUCGUUGAUAAUUGA